UAUUCUGAUAUGAUCAUCGGUGGACUGAUGAUGCACGUCACAGCUCAGUUUCGAAUUGUCACUAAUGCCUUGCUUACUGUUAUGGAUAAAGCCGAAAGGAAAACUAAUAUUCAGCUUGCUAAUAUAUGGGAAGACAAUUCAGUAAUGGAGGUUUAUGGAGAGCGAUAUAUAGAUCCAAUUAUAAAUCAGAAACUCAACGAUCUUGAUUUAUUGGAAAACAUGGAGAAUACUUUUAAUGACUUAGUCUUAAUACAGAUAUUAGGUUAUUUGAUAGCAAUAUGCGUCGCUUUAUAUCAAAUGUCGUUGACAAAAAUUCCAAGCGCGUCAUUUAUGAGUACGCUGUCGUUUACAAUGGCAAUGACAUUCCAAUGCCUCAUCUACUGCUGGAACGGCAAUGAGGUGUCUUUAUACAGCGUAAAAGUCGCCGAUGCCGCUUUCGACUGCAGAUGGAUAACUUCUUCAACAGCAGUGAAGCUCAGCCUGGUGAUGAUCAUCCAGCGUGCCCAGCGACUUAGCUAUCUUACUGCUGGAAAAUUCGUCAGGCUUACACUA